AUGCAAUGCCGCAUUACCAAUGCGGCAUUCGGACUUAACGUCACCGAACACCGACCUGUCAUUCUCGCCGUUCUUCUAUUUAAACGCAGCUCAAUUACUGCAGUCAUCACCUGGAAGAAUUACUCAGAGUUUACUCGGAUUGUUGUACUCCUCGCAUCUGUACUUCCACUCCAGACUCUAGAGAUCUCAGUCGCCAUGGUGGGCAUCAACGAAGUCCGCAAAUCCAACGCCGCUCUCCACGCCCGCGAUGGAGACUUCGUCGCGGUUUUCGUAGGAGGAACCAGUGGAAUCGGAGAAGCAACAGCCAAGGAGCUAGCGAAGGCCAUCAAAAAGCCGACAAUCCACCUCGUGGGACGGAAUCAAGCCGCCGGAUCCAAGAUACUAGAGGAACUCAAAUCAGCCAAUCCCGACGGAGCCUUCCACUUCAUUCAAUCAGACGUAUCACUUCUCCGGAACGUAGACGAAGUGUGCUCGGAAAUCAAGCAGAAGGAAAAGGCGAUCGAUCUACUAUUCCUCUCGACGGGACAUCUUGCGACCUCGAAGCAAAGCAAGUAG